AUGUGCAUUGUGUUUGUUCAUCGUCUCUAAAAUGUUCAUUAGGGUGCUGAUUCAUACCUCCGGCGAGGAAAAGUCGUUUGGUGAAAACGUCGGCCUUUAGUGCUUAUUGUGUUUUAGGGUGGAUGGAACAUGCACAUGUUACUAGGGGCGUAAAAAUGUUUCCGUAGUUGCUGUAAGCAUCUGCUUGAGCUCAAGUCGAGAUGAUUUACAACGACUCUCAGUUUUAUUGCUGUUCUGAAAAGUCUUUUUAAAUAUAACUUCUCGCAAUCGUUUUAGAUUAUGAAGUUGGUUCAUUUUCAGAAUGAAAAGGUUUCGCAUUGCAGUUUUUAAAAUUUAUGGAGAAACUGCGGCAACACUUUCCUGGUGCAAUUUAUAUUAUUACUGAACAAAGACAUGCUGGUAAUUACGUGUAUAACUUAUUUUACUGUUUGAAAUAGCGAAUUAUGUUUGGACAUUAGAUUAAAAAUAUUACAGGAUUUAUUUUGUACUUAUUAUGAAUCUACUUUGCUGUGUUCCACUAGUGUAUUUACCUGAAACGUAUUUAUGGAAAAUAAUACAUUUGUCGAAUCUUACAAAGGUCUUUAAAGGUGAUUACAUCCUUCAGCGAUGCAUCUUCAUCGGAUUUGAUGGAUGACGACGAUUAAAGAUGAAGAAAGCCAUUCUUCAUUGUUCUUUUGUUCAUCGCCUUCAUAGAAGCAAGAGAAAAUGAAAAUGAUGAUUUACAAAAUUCACAUGCUGCGGGUGCUUGCUGUGUUUGUUUCAUUUUUGACUUUGAUCUCCGUCUUGAUCUUCCUGAAUCCUCCUCAGAAAUGCAUCCAGGUCUCGGUUUCUGUGCAAGAAUGGCAUCCAUACCACGUCAAACGAACCCGGAUUGUACAGGCUUUGGAUGAAAAUGUGCCAUCGUCGAAACCUCAUCCAAACUUCAUCGUCUCCUCUGCCAAAGUCAGUUUCAACACGGAUGCCUUCUUCAGGACUCGACUUGUACAGCACGAAAGCAAUGACGAUGACUUGGAAGAUCAGGGAAAUGAGGGCGAUGACAUCAUCGAUGAAGCUUACGAUGAUGAUGAUAAUGACGGUGAUUAUUAUGGUGACUUUCCAGAAAACAAAGUGUUCGAAGAUGGUGAUUUCGAUUACAAUGAGACUCGCCACCUGGACUUUGGUAUCAUCACCCAGAUGUUUGAGGCUUACAAAAAUAGUGUGAAUUCAUCUCCUUUGUUAAAAGUGUUUUAUUAUUCUAGUCAAAACAAUAUUUAUGUUAAUAUAUCGUCCACUUCACCGAACUUCGAUAGAAAGAUAAAUACGGACAGACCUAGGAAUAUUACUCUCAUUAAUAUAGAAGGGGUGCCAAUUGUGGAAGAUCGAAUAUUUUGGUCUGAUGAGCUAGAGAAGAAUUCGCCAAAAGGGCUUGAAGAUUCCGAAGCUCAAGCCGCUCUAUUGAAACUCCGCGCUUCCCGAGUUAAACGAGUGGAAGCGCCCACGUGGAACCGAUGCGGAAGGCCUAAAAAUCAGUUCGUCGUUUUCGAUGAUAACUCCAAAGCUUGUGCUAGGUAUAGGGCACCACACCAAUAUCUGGUUCAAGGAGAAGUUUUGUCCUUCUACUUGGCUCGAUUGUUGGGCAUCACCAAUGUUCCCGCUGUUGCUUUAUCAGCCGUGAAAGAUUUCCGGGGACAGUGGAACAGACAGAAUGUAAAGCAGAAUCUUAUGGCUUCAAAAUGGGACAAUAAUUCUACUGUAGCUUUAAUUCAGUGGAUUGAAAAUUUGGAAAGAGACAAAUUACCAUCUUUAUUACUGUCAUCUCUAAUGCAUAAUGAGAUCCUUUCUGCUAAUAAUGGAGAGUUACUUACAUUACCGGUGAAAAAAUUAGUGGAAUUACUACAGUGGAGCGAUCUCAUUAUCUUCGAUUACAUUACAGGAAAUUAUGACAGAGUUGCUAGCAUGCAGGACGCAGCUGACAAAGAAAAAAAACCAUCAAUCAUGCAAGAAACAAUCCAUAAUCUUGUCCGCUCGAAAAUUGACGGUGGGCUCUGGCUCAUUGACAACGAAAGUGGACUUUUGGACAGCUAUUCUCUUCUGUAUGGCCCAGCCGGACAAGAUGGUCGAUUCUUGGCCUUCCAUCAGCAGAUGCUCAACUCCACCUGUCUUUUCAGAAGAUCCACUAUUGAGAGGGUGCGGUGGUUGCAUCAAACCGGGCAGGCUGGACGCAUCUUGUUGGAUUUAGUAACACAGCUGGAACCCCUCUUCGCCCCCGUAGAAAGGGCUGAAGAAGUUUCUGGAAGGCUGCAGGGGAGAAUAGGAGAGGUUAAUGAACAUGUGCAACGUUGUCUUAAAUUCGUUUCUUAAAAAAAAUCCCAAUUCUUCAAACCGAAAGCUUGGGAAAGAUACAUUUUUUGGAUGUGUAUUAAAUGAUGUAAUUCAAGGGUGUCAAACUCAACUGUUGGUGUAUGUCAAAUAAAAUGAGCCUAAAUAGAUGCCUUAGUACAAAAAGGGAACAAAUAUUAAGAUUUUUUUUUAAAUCUAAAAACGAUAGUUUAAUUAGAAAGCACAUUAUUAAAGAAAAAUCGAAGCAACGCUAUUAGUGUUUUUUUUUUUUUGACACAUGACAUCUUUUUUCAGAUACCUUCUUCCUAAAUCAAUGAUUAUCUUGUUCUUGUUAUUGCUUUUAAAUCUGAACCAAGGUGUAUGCAGAGUUUCACGAUCCUUGAUAAUUCCUGAAAAACCCCUUGAAUUUUAUUUUGCUGUAUUCUGGGUCCCGAAAAGUAUUUUGUUUUUCGCUAGGUUCUUGAAGAGUCCUUCAAAAAUUGACUAAAUAUAAGCUCAUUAUUUUUUUGGAAGAGAAGAGAAAAUUGAUUUGUUGCUAAGUUUUGUCUUAAAAUUAUGGAUAUAUUUGUGCAACCAAUAAUUGUUUGUGUCAAACCAGCAUCUAGUAGUAUCUGGCUUAUUGACUGCACGUUAAACAUAACAGGUGUCUCUUCCCUUAAACAUCUCAAAAUAGCAAACAAUUUAGUAAAAGUACAGUUGAAUUUUAAUGUAAAAAUUUUUGAUUUAAAUUUAUCAUUUGCAUUUUUAUAUUUUAAAUGUGUAAUUUUUAUGAUCCUUGAAUUUUUAUAAAUUUUUUUUGGAAAGUCUUGAGGUGUUUUGUCAUUAAAAAUGGGAACCCUGUCAUGCCCCCUUCAGUCGUUAAUCUCACAGAAUUUAGAACAGAAGAAUUUUAGUACCGUCAACUGCUUCCGAAAAUAAAAAUAAUUCAUAUGCCAGUUUCUAAGCUUUGCAUACUUCACUCGCAGAUAUUGAUAAAAAGCAGAUCGAAUUUCACAGAUUGUUCCCUUCAAAUGUAAGCAAUAUUAGAUCUUGAUUUCCUCAUUUGUAUAUGAUUAGGUACUACUUCUAUAUCAGCGGAAAAAACGAAAAUGACACAUGAAACUUGUCUUUCGAGAUUUAAAAUCUUCAAAAAUAUUAUUUAAAAUCUUGAUAUUGUACUGUUAUUUUUUCUGGCAUCCAACAAUGUUCAUUAUUGACGUGAGUUUGACAACCUUAAUGUAAACCUUACUAAGAAAUUAUCCAAAGCUUAGUUUGUUGAUAUGGAUUUGCUAUAUUUUUCAGCUACAAAUCGCACAAUUUUUUAUGGACUUACGCGCUUUGAAAUAAACACAGUUUUCAGAAUUGCGGCAUUAUUUAUGUAUUAACUACAAUGUAAAUAAAUUUCCAAAAUUUUUAUUAUUAGUAUUUAAGUAUGAUUGCUUAAAUGUUUAGAUAUUAGAUUUCCAAACAUUGUAAUUAUGAAAUUGAAAAAUUCAUCUCUAUUUAACAUAAUUUGCUUCAUUUCAGUUCCAUGGACUGUACUUUAGUCUCAUACAAAAUUAUAUUUUUGAUGUCUUCAUAUAACUUAAUAUCACCUUUUUUUAUUUCUGACUCUUUGCUAUUAACAAUUUUCACAGUAACAACGUUGUUUGGAUAUAAUGGCACACUUGGAAAAUACUUCCAAUUCAUCCAAAAAAAGCAAAAAUCGUUUUAAAAAUUUCUAGUGUACAGUUUUCUCCCUUUUUUCUUUUUUAAUGUUUUGUCAGAACCAUAACUAAUUGUAAACAAUACUGUCGCCAGAUUAUUAUCUAUUUAUACUUUUAAUUAUAUGAAUUGCAUUAAAAAGUUUAAUUUCUCCAAAUUGUUUUUUUAUAGAUUUUUUUUUUGGUACUAGUAAAUUUGUAGUAUUUAGUUCGAUACUACUACAUUUAUAGUAUCUAGUUUGAUACUAGUAAAUUUCUUAUUCUGUUUUAGUAAUCUUUUUUGUUCUGAAACUUAUAACUAUUUCCUUGCUCAACAGAAAAGCUCAUUGCUAAAAAAAAUUUCGAGUCACUGUCUCUAAAUCUACAAUAGUAUUAUCUAGGCAUCGAGAUUGCCAAUAGAAUAAAUUAGUUUAAUAUGACACUUUUUAAAUUCCCAUAUUAUGAAAGUAAGAAGGAUUAAUACCAUUUAUAAGAUGGCGAACUUUAAUAUUUUCUUCAAAGUAUUUCAUGUUUAUUUUUUCUGUUUUGUUAUUCCAUUUUCAUACGCCAUCAUAAAUCAUGCCUGAGAGUCCAAUUGUAUAUACACAUUUCUAAAAAAUAACAAUUUAGUUUCUUCACUGAACGGUUUCUUCAUAUUCAUCAAUUAUAUUCAGAUAAUUAUCCAUGGAAUGUAUAUUCGAACAUAUGUAUGAAUAUUUUACAUCGAAAAAGAUAUGUUAUUUGUGAAUGGAAUCAUUGAUUGUUCUUUUGUGAUAUUUGUGAGAGUACACUUAUUUAUAUGUAAUUAAUAUGAAAAAUAAAUAUUUUGUACAUUUUU